GAGGAGCGCGAGCCUGCUCACACACACACACACAUACACACACGCGCGUGCACAAUGCACCGAAUCACUGGACUCCUUUACGUCUUUUUUGUGUGGACGUCAUUUUGUAUUAAAGGCUCUAUACAAGGAGAGCACCAGAGGAGGCUGUAUAAGGAGAUGUUAGAAAACUACAACCGGCUGGAGAGACCCGUGGCCAAUGACUCCGCACCUCUGGUUGUGGAACUCGGACUCACGCUGCUUCAGAUCAUAGACGUGGAUGAGAAGAACCAAGUACUCAUCACCAACGCUUGGCUACAGAUGGACUGGACAGAUGUGUAUCUAAACUGGAACCCUGAGAAUUACCCAGGCGUUAAUAAUCUACGCUUCCCAUCCAGUCAGAUCUGGACGCCUGACAUCCUCCUCUAUAACAGUGCUGAUGAGAGGUUUGACGCCACCUUUCACACCAACGUGCUGGUGAACUCCUCAGGAGCCUGUCAGUAUAUUCCACCAGGUAUUCUGAAGAGCACGUGUUACAUUGACGUGCGCUGGUUCCCGUUCGACGUGCAAAAGUGUGACCUAAAGUUUGGCUCCUGGACUCACAACGGCUGGCUGCUGGACCUACAGAUGCGCGAGGUGGACAUUUCAACAUACAUCCCUAACGGAGAGUGGGACCUUGUGGGUGUCCCUGGAAAGAGGAACGAGCUGUAUUAUGAGUGUUGUAAGGAGCCGUACCCGGACGUGACCUACACAGUGACCAUCAGGAGGCGGACGCUGUACUACGGACUCAACUUGCUCAUUCCCUGUGUUCUCAUCUCAGGCCUCGCUCUGCUCGUCUUCCUGCUGCCUGCUGACUCUGGGGAGAAGAUCUCACUGGGCAUCACCGUGCUGCUGUCACUCACAGUCUUCAUGCUGCUGGUGGCGGAGAUCAUGCCGGCCACCUCCGACUCCGUCCCCCUCAUAGCUCAGUACUUUGCGAGUACGAUGAUGAUCGUGGGCUUGUCUGUCGUCGUCACCGUCCUCGUCCUGCAGUUUCACCAUCACGAUCCACACGGAGGCAAAAUGCCAAAAUGGGUGCGAGUGAUCCUGCUCCAAUGGUGCGCUUGGUUCCUACGCAUGAAGAAGCCGGGUGAUGAGCGCAAGUCCCCCUACAGCUACUCCAGUGCCAGUAGCAGCAGCCUGCAGAUGGGCAGCGUGCCAGGAACCAACGGCCAUACGAACCUCUACUUCGGCUUCCAUUCGCCAGACAGCACGUGCUGCCCCAACAGCAGCGACUCGGGCGUAUCGUGUGGAGUUUCCUGUAGCGGUGGGCACCGCGAGGCAGCUUCGGCGCCAUCAGGCGAGCAGCGAGAGCUGCAGAGGCUCCUGUUUGAGGUGACUUACCUGGCACAGCGUUUCCGGGCCCAGGACGAAGCCGAGGCGGUGCGAGGCGAGUGGAAGUUUGCUGCGGCUGUGGUGGAUCGCCUCUGCCUCGUCGCCUUCUCGCUCUUCUCUAUCGUGUGCACCUUCGCCAUCCUCAUGUCCGCACCCAACUUCAUCGAGGCCGUCUCCAAAGACUUCACAUAAUCAGCCUGCUUUUAUCUUUUACACCGUAAUGAUAAAAACUAACCACUGCCCGUGUGUGAAAAUAAGAGUACAUUGUGAGUCAGGUUUCAUCUGAGUGAACGUGAGUAAUACUGUAUGUUGUUGAUCUGUUGAUGUACCAUCGUAUAUCUAGUCUAAGGUUUAAGAAAACGAACCAUUACUGUUUGUAGGAGUGCAAUACAAGCCACCGAGAUUCACUCCCAAACUCAGCUGAAAUUGACAUCAAAUGUAAUGACGUAUAAUGAAUCAAAUGAAACCGUCAUAGCUAUCGAACAACAAAGAGUUCUCUGCCAUAGCAUGUGUGAUUGUGACUCAGUGAGCAAGUGAAUCAGUGUGAGUCAGUUUAAUUUGUGUGUGUGUGUGUGUGUGUGUGUGUGUGUGAGAGAGUGAGUCAAUUGGAACUGUUCAUGUAGUACAUUUCUAUUUAUAUACACUUAUUUUAAAUCUUAACAAAGAAUAAUAAAUUACAGAAAUUAUGAAUUUAUGAAAUGACAAAUGAUAAUAAAUGUAACAAGAAAUUUAUAUGAAUGUAUAUGCAUUUAUAUAUAUUAUAUGAAUCAUAAUAUAUGAUUCAUAUGAAUCACAUGAAUUCAUAUGAAUCAUAUGAUUAUAUGAUUCAUCGCGUAAUCGAGUGAGUCAAUUGGAACUGUUCAGUGUAUAAAUCGGUCACUUUGAACUAGUGUAAGUUUGAAUCAAUGUCUUAGUUCGAAUGGUUUGAGUAUGAAUCAGUGUGAGUCGGUUUGAAUCAGUGAGUUAGUAGGAAAUUGGUGUGCGUGUGAAUCAGUCUGAGUCAGGGUUAGGGUUGCAAAGGGGCGGAAGUUUCCAUGGGAACUUAAUCUGGGGAAUUUUGGAAAUAUUCAAAAUUGGAAACUUUACGGGAAUUUAUGGAAAUUUACGGGAAUUUAUGGAAAUUUAUUGGAAUUUAUGGGAAUUUACAGGAAUUUAUGGGAAUUAAUUGGAAGUUUAUAUAAACUAUAUUAUAUACAAACAUAAACAAACAGUUUGUUUGGUCAUAAGCAGACGUGCAUGCAAGGUAAUACAAAUUUUAAAAAUGACGUCUUGACUGAUUUAAUUGUAAGUAGAACUUUAAUUGAUUAUUUCAUUGAGUAACACAAAAGCAUAAUAAACAUUAUUAUGCUUGUAAUAAACCUAAUAAUUGUAAUAAACAUUAUUUUAUAGAGGAUUUUUUUUUUUAUUUCGGGGGAGUGUGUGUGUGAGGGUCAUCAAAUUAUCUGUGUAUGUGUAACACUCCUAAUUUACUGCUUAUUAAGAGUUAGUAAGGUAGUUAUUAAGUUUAGGUAUUGGGUACAAUUAAGAAUGUAGAAUAAGAUCAUGCAGAAUAAGGCAUUAAUAUGUGCUUAAUAAGUACUAAUAAAUAGCCAAUAUUCUAUUAAUAUUCAUGCUAAUAAGCAACUAGUUAAAUGACCCUAAAAUAAAGUGUUACUGUGGAUGUUAUGGAAGAAUGUGAGUACUGUACAUGCAGGGGUUUUGGCCUCGAUGGCCCUCCAGUAAGCAGUGUGCUGUGUGCAAGUGACAGAGGAACGCAGGGUACAAAUUCAACUUAAAUUGCAUUAAAUCUUGUUGUUUUAAACACAAUUAUGCUGUUAAGAUUUUUUUAACUACAUUUAAGUUCCUUGUUAUAGGCAACUAUGCAUUUUUAAAAAAUUCCCAGUUUAUUUCCAUAUAUUCCCGUUAAUUCCCAUAUAUUCCAUGGAAAGUUUCCAGCCUUGAAAAUUCCCGGAAUUUUGCAACCCUAGUCAGGGUGUGUGUGAAUCAGUUUGAGUCGGUUCGGUAUGUGUGAAUCAGUAUGAAUCAGCUAGUGUUUCGAACUGGUCUGUGUGUGAACCGUGUUGUUUUGAAACCCAGUCCUCUGUGUCCGAGUCCCUGUUGGACUGUAGUUUAUCGUGGAUGUUCACGUUAGUCUGUCCGCAGCACUCGUGUAGCAGUAGGUAGUUAAUGAGUGUCACAUUAACACUUUCUUUAGUUCUAUAGUAAACACUGUGCUUUUGCUAAAUACCUGCAGAUCUUUUUGUUGUUGCUUCUGUUUUGCUUCUCCAAAUGUGUCACUCUGUCACUGUGUAAACACAGGCAACUACUAACGAAUCCCCCGAAAGCUUUGUUGAGGAAAAGUUACGGGUUCCAGGAUUAUUAAAGUCCUGCUUAAUUUCAUAAUUAACUCUUUAGUAUAAGCUUCAGCUCGUGUAACAAACCUACAGUUAUGUCUUACUCCAGCAUGACGAUUACAAUCUUAGCUCAAAACUCAAUCGUGCUCAAGCACCAAACCAGUAGAAAUAUUUUUAACGAUUUGACUUCGCCUUCUGACUACAAGAAACUUUGCCGUUCCCACUUGUAAAGCUUAUUAAGUGACCUGCUCACUGAGGUAUUCAGACUUAAAGGUGGGGUCUCUGUUGUUUGAGAAAUGCUUCAGAAAACUGAGUCGGGCCGAAAACUAAACAAAAAUCAAAACUAACGUGUAGCCAAUGAGCAGAAAGGGGCGUGUCUUGUCGAUAUGGGCGGAGUGAGCGUUCAGUGCGCAUGUGUGACAUUAGCAGAAAGCGGUUUUAACAUUGACAUGGAGGAUAAAAACAAAGAAAGAAAGAGAAGAAAGACUUACGAUAAGGUAAGAAGUAGGACGUGUUAAUAUAGGAUCAGCUUUCCAGCGCUGGAGAGAACUGAAGGAGCAGGAAGUUGGUCACAUAUUCACAGAUUGGAGUUUCCU